UUCAAUAAUCAUUUCGUUUUAUUAUUUUCUUUUUAAUGCCGUUUCGAAUUUUUAUUCCAAUCGUUUUUAAGCUCUCGAUUUUCUUUUAUGUAUAAUUUAUUUCUCUUAAAAUAAAUUACCUAAAUAUUAAGUCUAGCUAAAUUACCUACAAUAACUUAAUCUUUUUAUUUCCUAUAUUAAUUUAUUAAAAAUAAAAAUAUAUAUAAUAUAAAAAAAAAAAAAAAAAAAUGUAAAAAUCUAAAAUAGUGGGCGGCAAGACUAAGGCUAGGUGACAAAAUAUUUAAUUUAGUCUUAUCCCUUACAUAAACCAAGAAUAAAUAUCUUGGAUUUUUGUUGUUAUUUCUUGCCCAUGAAGUAAAAUUAGAUAAUAGAUAAUUUUUGCUAAUCAUGGCCUAUUUAAGACCAACAUGCCGUGGAAAAAAAAAAAAAAAAAACAGAAGAAGGAAAUCAGAAAAAAAAAAAAAUAAAAUAAUUUCACAAAGAUAAUCUAAUUCCUAAAAAUUCCAAAAAAACCCUAGAAAAAUUCCUAAAAAUUCUCAAAAAUUUUCUAAUAAUAGUAUUUAGUGUUAAUUAUAGAAAUUCAAGGGGAGGAAGCUAAUUUUGUGGCUAAAAAUUCUACAACAAAGGGAAUUAAUUAAUAGUGAUAUUAGUAAAGACUCAGAUUGAGAUACUAUGGAAGAUUUACAAAAAGUGCUUAAUAUGAAAGAUUCACCAAAAACUUCCAACAAUGAAAAAGAAUUGUCAGAAGGGACUCAAACUCCAAGAACUAUUACACAAGUUACCCCAAAUGGUUCAACCCUGUGGAUUCCUCAUUGUGAGUUUGAUAAAAAGCCAUUUGUUGGUAUGGCUUUUGAAAACUUAGAGAAAGCCUUAGAUUUUUAUGGUAAAUAUGCUGAAAUUUGCGGUUUUGAUAUACGUUCAUCUACUACCUACAAAAAAAAGGGUAUUGUUUUUUUAAAAUAUUUUGUUUGUAGUAGGGAGGGUAUCAUAAAACCUAAACUUAAGAAAAGUGCAGAUGUUGUUGCACGUUAGAAGAGAUCAA